AUGGCCACUCGAACGUUGGAGUCGCGUUUUGAGCGCAUGUCUGUGAAUGACGAGAACGACCCCGGCGAUGGCUCCAAGCUCUACUCCAAGACCCAGACUAUGGUCAAGACGUCACAGCUGGCACAUAGCUCCAGCAGACCGAACCUCAUCAAGGUAGCACUUCAAUCUCAGAGCACCAAUGCUGUCGCCUCGGUGAAGCUGCCAUCGCAAUCGGCGCAACGCGAGGCCAAGAACCCUGCAUCACCAACGAGAAAGCCUUUACCCUCCAGCUCUUCCAGAGCUUCCGAUGAACUAGUCGAAAUCGAACGCAAGUCGGGUGUCUCCGUCGUUGUCGAGCCCUCACCGCCGAAAGUCUUCCACCUGGGAAUGUUCGAGAUUGGCCGCCCUCUGGGUAAAGGAAAGUUCGGUCGGGUCUACCUUGCCCGCGAGCGCACGAGUGGCUUCAUCUGCGCCCUCAAGGUCCUGCACAAGAACGAGCUGCAACAGGGUCGCGUCGAGAAACAGGUCCGCCGCGAGAUCGAGAUCCAGAGCAACCUGCGCCAUCCCAAUAUCCUCCAGCUGUACGGUCACUUCCACGACAGCAAGCGUGUCUUCCUGAUCCUCGAGUUCGCCGGCAAGGGUGAGCUGUACAAGCACCUCCGCAAGGAGAGCCGCUUCCCCGAGUGGAAGUCGGCGCAGUACAUCGCCCAAAUGGCAUCGGCGCUGAGGUAUCUCCACCGCAAGCACGUCAUCCACCGCGACAUCAAGCCUGAGAACAUUCUCAUGGGCAUCCAUGGAGAGAUCAAGAUUUCGGAUUUCGGCUGGAGUGUCCACGCCCCCAACAACCGCCGCAACACCAUGUGCGGAACCCUUGACUACCUGCCGCCUGAGAUGAUCAAGCCCGGCAGCUCAGACAACUACUACAACGAGAAGGUCGAUCUCUGGAGUUUAGGUGUCUUGACGUACGAGUUCCUCGUUGGUGAGGCGCCUUUUGAGGACACGCCCGUCAUGACGCAGAGGAGAAUCGCUCGGGCAGACAUGACUGUGCCGUCAUUCGUCAGUCCCGAGGCCAAGGACCUGAUUAAGAAGCUGCUUGUCCUCGACCCCGAGAAGAGAAUACCCUUGGAGCAGGUCCAAACCCACCCGUGGAUCGUCAAGCACUGUGUAAAGGGCGAGAGAGCCUCCAACCGCGAGAAGAGCUAUUAA